UUCUCAAAAUUUGUUAUCGAGUUUGUUUCUGGUGAUUACGUUUACAAAGGACUGGCUACAUUGUAGAUUUUUUUAUCAUGCAAAAUAGGCGAAUAAUUAUUUUUAUAUAACUGUGAAUUUGCUUAUUUUAUACUAAAUACAACUAAGUAAGUCAGUGACAAAAUGGGUAUUGAGAAUAGAACCUCGGCUCAUAAUUAUGCCGAAAAUGAUGGACUUCGGUAUCUGGACGGCGCAAAGUCGGGAUAUUAUCAAGACGAGAGAGAAAAGCUUGUGUCUAGUGAAGAAAGCGAAGAUGAAGUCGAUAUAGAUACGUUACUUCAGAGACCAAAUGCCUCAUGUCAUCAACAAUUUACAGACUUUUCAAAUGUUUUUAAAGCAUUCAUUGGCUCAGCAUUGAUUGGACUACCAUUUGCUAUAAGAAAUGCUGGAAUUGCACUUGGAUUGUUGGGAAUACUUUUUAUUGCACUGGCCACAGAUCAUUGCUGCCAUUUGAUUGUGAAAUGUAAAAGGCUUGUAAUAAAGAAGAUGUGUCAGCGUAUGGUUGCAGAAGGUUAUGUUGAUAAUCAUAUCGAAAGACAAGAAAAAAUCCUUGGCAGAACUUUAUCUUUUGGACAGAUCGGCAAGAUUUCCAUGGGACGACUUGGGACAUUUCUUGUGAACACAUCAAUUCUGAUUACCCAGUUUGGUUUCUGUGUAGGGUAUUUUAUUUUCCUUGGAAACACUACAAGAUCUGUGGUAUAUGAAUUUUUACAUUACCAGUCAAUUGGAUGGUCAAAUGUGAACAAUUCAAUUCCAGCGAAUUCAACAAUUUUCACUUCACUGAGUGCAACUCCACCAACAUCAGUGCCUGCCCAUGUUGCAAAGUCAGUGCUGCACAAUUCUGCCUUGAGGCACUUGCGUUCAAUGGAUGGGGACUCAAAUAUUCCUGCUUUGACAAGUAUCAAUACUACAUUAUUCAACUCAUCAAAAUCUGUUUUCAGCAAGAAUUCAUCAGAUUCGAGUAACUACAUAGCAACUUCAACCCCUCUUUUGAAUUUAUCAUUUCCUGCUACCUCAUGGCUGACUAAUGAAACAAAAAGUGAAAAUGCAACCCAAGGCAUCAUGAGCAGAAUCCUCACAACGAUACAUGAAAAGGUUUCAAAGAUCAAAGAACAUAUUAUCAAAAUGAAGAAUCCAAUCACUCAUAAAACUCUCCAACAGAACAAAGCAAUGACCUUUGCAUUGCUCUUGGCUGUCCCUGCACCGUUACUCAUUUUAAUUUCCUUCAUCAGAAAUUUGCGUAAACUUGGCCCUGUUAGUGUAUUAGCAAAUGGAGCAAUUACAGGAGCAUUUCUAGCUACAGGAAUUUACAUCCUUGUAGGAUUUGAAUCACCACAUGAAACAAUCAAUUGGUUUAACUGGAUGAAGUUCCCAGUCUUCUUUGGACAAGUUACUGGUGCAUUUGAAGGAAUUGGAACAGUGAUCCCUAUUGAAGGCAGCAUGGCUGAAAACAGAGGACGUUAUCCCUGUUAUCUACAUAUUUCACUUGUUCUUUUGUCUUCUAUUCUUGGCUCUUUUGGAACACUAGGCUAUCUACGCUACGGAGAUGAGACCAACCAAAUCGUCACUGAAAACCUUGAGGGAUCUUUAAUUGUUAUUGCCCUGCGCUGCCUGUUAUUUUUUGGUGUACUUUUCACCUACCCCCUCCAAAUCUACCCAGUCAUCCAGAUCGUCGAAGGUAUCAUUUUUGGACCAAACAGCCGAUGUAGUCGACGGUUGUACAGAAAAGGCAGCACUGUCAACGGUGGAUACGAUGAUUCUUCAAACAGUGACAAUUUGGACGACGAAGACGAGGAAUAUGACCAUGCUCCUGUUCAAAUUCCUACUUGGCCAAGCAACCUAUUGCGGAUGGUAUUGGUUUUGUCAACAGCUGCUGUUGCUGUCAUAUUCAGAUCGCAAUUUGCUUAUAUUGCGGCCAUCACGGGGUCCGUUGGUAGUUCACUAUUGUCGUACAUCCUUCCUUGCCUUUUUCACUUAAUUCUUCAGCGAGGGAAAUUGUCGAAAUGGAUUAUUGCCAAGGAUGUUGCAUUUAUCAUAUUUGGUGUAGUUGGCGGUGGGAUGGGUUUGGCUGUUACAAUCAGCGAGGUAGUCAGAACAUUUGGCACCCAUCAUCAGCUCAAGCACAAUUAAAGAAUCGCAGCGACAGUAGCUUUUAGAAAAUUCGAUAUUUAACAUUCAAGUGGCUAAUGCAAGUUAACCUCUUAACUGCAAAAGCGAUAUGUUCAUGAGGGGUACUUGUGCACUGAUUGAUUUUAAGGGCUCUUGCGUAACCGGCAUGCUCAACGGCAGCUGUCUUGUGAAAUUGAUUGUGUUUAAUAUUUUCAUGCAGUACGAUGAUAGGCCGUAUUUGGAAUUAUAGUCGCAAAGCAUGCCGGGUGCGCGAGAGAAUUCAAGACCCUGCUUGUCUAUUAGAUGUAGCAUCCCUGCUUUUUAAGAGAGAUAAAGAAUGCAGUGAUACUGUUGAUGGGAAAAUUUGUUAUUUAAGACAUCUUUUUGUUUACGGGGUUUCUCUUUUCGUAGCCUCAAGUGAGAAGAUCUUUUCUAGUAGAUAAACCACGAUUAAGACUAAGAUUUCUCAUUGAAUGCUAAAUUUAACAAGCUGAUCACCAUUCUUGAAAAUGUAGUUUUAACAUAUCGUGGUAAUCGGUAUUCAUAAUGCAAUUCUGAUAAACAUUUGUGCUUUGUUUAUAGUAAAUACUUUUUUCUACGCCUAGGCCUGUAUAGCCUGUUUUCCAGACCCCUAACUUGAUAGAAGAGGAUACGACCCUCUACUUUCAAGUUAGGGGUCUGGAGCACAGGCUAAAGCCUGUACAGCUCUCUCUAUACGGCAUCAACCACUUAAAUAGUUACUGAACAUUUUGUCCUGAUCAUAAAACUGAAAAUUGACAUAGUCGUGUUAUUGGGCAUUUAGAUGUUAGCAUAAAUCUCGAUCAAUUGUAUACUUAACAAAUUUCAAUUAAAUAGAUUCUUAAGCUAAGCGUUUCACGAUUUGUAACUCAAACUUGUAAGUGGAGGGAUUAUAUUAAUAGCUUUUAUAAUUUUUGGUGAAUUGGGUUAUUUAAUGAUCUUGUUUGGAUAAUCUUUGAUAUAUCAAUUCAAUUUUAAUUCGUAUUCUAUUUAAAUAUUUUUGUGUCAUAGUGAA